AUGCUGAAGUGGGCAGUGUACAAAAAGAAUCAAGAAGGUCAAACUAAUAUUAAUUCACAAACCGAAACUCAAGAUCUUAAUUCAAAUAGACCGUAUGAUGACAGAUCAAGAAGAUCUUUGGAUGCACAAGCGGUUAAGAAGAGGAAGAAGCCAAGUCGUUACCAAAGGCGGUCUAUUGGAGCUACAGCUAGGAAAAAUAAUACAAAAAACGUCGAUAAAGAAAACCUUAAUUUUAUAGGCAACACUCCUAAUUAUUAUAAGCCUGGUUUUAUAAAGAACACAGAAAAUAUUGUUUUGAAAGAUGUUAGCAAUAUUACUCCUACAUCUGUAACUCCUAUUAAAAACUUAGAAAAUUAUGAUUUCUAUAGUGAUGAUGCAAGAGAUGAAAUAUCACCUGAGCUACCUUCAACUCCACCAUCCUACAGUAGAAGAGUUAGAGAAGCAAAGAAAAGAAAAUUAGCAUUGAAUAGUUUAAAUAACAGCGACGGUUUUGUAAGAAAUAGUUGCGCUUACAAAUCAGAAAGGAGAAUAAACAACGUAGACAGUAGUGUUUUAUGCUCCCCAAAAAUGAGUCAUAGCACUUCCGAGCCAUCUUUAAACGAACUUUCAGGCAGGCUCAGUGCAACAACUACAGGUAGCAGAAAUUCAUUAAGUAUAGGUAGAUACAAAAACAAAAGCAAGCCUAUUUGUACCACAAAAACUGCAAGUGAGGGUAUAGUUGAAAUAGAAUACGACAAAGAUUUAGUCAUAAACUGUUUAGAAAAACCAUUAAUUAUUAUCGAUAAAAAUGAAAUAGAAAAAUCAACUUUACCUAUAUUUGGUCAUAGCAUUUUCAUGGAUAACCCUGUAUAUUUAAAUAAAAAUGAGAAUGUUCCUCUUAGUAUAAGACCUUUAAAACGAACAAGGAAAAAAUCAAAUGACUUUGAAAGUUGCUUUAGAUCCCCAUCGGUAGAUAAAAAAGAUGCACAUACUCUCGUUAGAAAUGGCUGUUCUCCGGUGUCCAUUACUCCUUUAUCAGUAAAGUUAGAGGCAUUAAGGUUUAGCACUAUGAGUACACAUAACGUGAAAAGUAAAAUAACUCCGUUAAACGAUGUUACACAAUACUUUCCUAAAAUUGAAAAUCCUUUUAAUAUUAACUUAAAAGACGAAGAAAGCUCAACAGAAAUGGAAAACAAAUUUAUUUUAGGCAAAGAUUCAUUAACAAAUGCCUCGGAAUCCACAGUAUCAACUACUCAAAUGGGGGAUGUUACUCUAGAGAAAAUGAUUGAAGAUAUUAUAAAAAGUACUAAAAUUGUUAAAUCUAGAAGGCGAAUCUUAAAAAAUAUUGCAGAUCCGCAGCUGACAGUUGAAGAAGAAAUUCCUCCUAUAGAUACUGUUAAAGAUUUAUUUGUAAAACCUCAAGCUGAACACAAGUCAUGUUUAAUCAAAGAAGCUAAAUAUGUAAAUCUAUCUCGAGAGAGCUCUGUAUCGCCCAAAAAUACUCCAACUAAGAAAAUGUUGCCUAUUCAUAGAGUUAAUGAUAAGUUGUUAAAGAACGUUCCAAUAGGAUGUUUUCUAUUAGACGAUGGAGAUGGCUACAACGAAAGGGAAGUCCGUACACCUGAUAAAUUCGAAGAUACGAAGUUAACAGUAACAGAACCUGCAAUCGAUGUAAAUAAACAAUUAUGCAGAUCUUAUUCAAUGAAUGCUACAUGUACCCUUAAAAGUAAUCUAGAAGGCACACUAUCAGAAUCUACUCCCGAUUUAUUCAAUACUUCAAAUGAAACGAAUAUAAGAUUAAGAAGACAAAGAUGUAUUCGCAAAAAGAAACUUACAGUAAGUAACGAAAGUCUAUGGAAACAAAAACAAACUGAACGAAACUCACCUAAAUCAUCACUACUACGUACUCUGGAAAUGGGUAUACCCAGCCCCGCAUUAGACUUGCAAAACGUAUCAUUAUGUGAGCCUUUAAAUUCUCCCUUGAUGGUAAACCAUUCAAAUACACGAUACAAAGAUAAUGAAUAUUUACGUAACACGUCAGUUCUAACAAAUGUUUCACACAGUAGUUUAAACACUUAUGAUCCAGUUACUCAAAAUAUAAAAACUCGAGAAUUAUUUGGAUUGACUUUAGCAAACGGAAUACCGAGUCCUAUCACACCAGCUGUGAGUCUGAAGCGACAAAGCAACGUCUUAAGUGACGAAAUAGCUAGUAAAACAAGCAAAUUAGAUGAAGAUGUAAUACCAAAUGAUGCUCUUACUCCUGUCAUAGAAUAUAAGUCGUCGAGAAGAUGUCUAACGUAUUCUCCAGAGGAAAGUAGUAUAAAUAGUAGCGAGGAAAAACGUAGAAGUGUUGCUAGUAAUCGCUUAGAACGAAGCACAGAUAGGUUUCAAGCAUUAAAAGCGACUAUAGAUCUUGAAAUUAAAACUAGACAAGACGUAGUAGACGUUCACGUUAUUCGGUGUCGAGACCUUCAGAGGUCAUCUGGAAAGACAGAGGACAUUAACGCUUAUGCAAAGGUCGUCAUCAGCGGUGUAAAUGAAAACCAGUCAUUACCGUCGCAGAGAUCAAUUUUUCAAAGAACGUCGGUUCUUUACGGAAGAAGAGAGCCAGAGUUCCAGCGACAUCUAAAACUGCCUUUACCUACUGCAAUCUACGACCAUCAAGUACUGCAUAUUUCUGUGUGGCACAGAGACAAGAAGUACAGGCGGAGCGAGUUUCUAGGAUGCGUCUCGUUCCCACUGAAAGAUGCGAUUAAGAGCGACGUCAACGGGACCUACUUCUUGCAGCAGGUCUCCGGUAGGCAGGGCGCGACGCCGGCGCCCACGCACGAUAGAUGCCCUAAGAACGAACGCGUGACUGAAGACCGACGCAAAAUGGCCACUGACAAUACGGAGACCAGCACUAGUGACGGCGCUAAAGAAAAUCAUAAUGAUAAAGGAGUGGCAACAAACGGUCCCGCUUCUGGUGCAUCCGGCAGUCAAGCACAAGCGGUUGCUGCAGCUUUACAAAGGGAGGCUGACGAACACUUGUUUUUACGAUACUUGGAGCUUGAUCCGCCGGAUGACCCAGCAGCGCCGAGACGGGCGCCAAGAAACGGACGCACGCCAUUCACCACUACGAGAAAGAUCAUCCGUGGUACCAGCGGUGGUUUUGGUUUUACAGUGGUCUGGACUAGACCACCGAGAGUGGAGAGAGUGGCAGCAGGCGGGUCAGCCGAGCGGGCGGGGCUCAGGGCUGGAGACUAUAUUGUGUUCGUUGGGAACAAGAACGUAGUCACUGCCAAUGAGGAGGACGUGCGAAACCUUGUCAAAUCAGCUGGCCAAACGCUGAUAAUAGAAACGUUUAGGCGAGUGCCUCAGAACGGUGCCGGAGUCCGGCCGCGACUAACGCAAGUGACAAUUCCUCCGGUCCCAGCUGAAUCGACACCCCCUCCGCCGCCCCGCUCACCCCGGAGCGCAGCCCUCGCGUCUCCUGCAGCAGCCGCUAGACCGCCCACUGCUUGCUCCUCCACAAGCCAAUCGCUCGACAGGCGCAAACUGCAUCUACCACAAGUCACAUUUUCAAAGGAGACACCAGGUGCAUCUAGCGAUGGAAGGAAACGUGCACUCCUAGCGGUAAUUGCAAGGGAGCAGCAUUAUGCCACGUGUCUCCAAUUUGGGCUAGUCAGGUUCGUUUCGCCGCUUGCAGAGAGAGCCGAUCUAAUUGUCCCAAGUGACCAUCAGCUAUUGUUCCAGAAUAUUGAGGAGAUUUUCAGGCUAUCUGAAGAUAUUCUUGAUCAAGUAGUACAAGACGAUGGGGAAAUACAAACGUCCACAGUUGUCGCGGUGUAUUUACAAAAAACUCCUGUGUUCCUUAGCCUAUAUAAGAAGUAUUGUUUAGGACUAAAACGAGCUGAUUGUGUCUUGGUGAAAAAAUCAAAAGAUCCAAGUGGAGCGUUCUCUCGAUUUUGUACGAGCCCACCCAUACCGCGAAGAAGACCCGACAUAACGUCUUUAAUACAUAAACCUUUAGAACAGUUCAGAGAACUGCUAAGGCUAAUGAGAACGGCAGCCAGUGCGAAUGGCGCCGGUCCUUACGAUCAGCUUGAAAAGAAGCAACUACAAGUCAUUGUUGAACAGUUACAGGGUGCAUACCAGGAUGUCACUGCAGGCUCCGGGUUGAUGGGUUUAGCUGGAGAUGGCAAGCCGUUGUUGUCAGUUGCUGACUUGGAAAGUCGAUUGGUGUUCACUAGGUGUAAGCCGUUCGUUUUAAGCACUCCAGGCAGGCAAUGGAUUUUUGGAGGCGAAUUGUCCAGGGUUGAAGGCCGAGCCAUCAGACCAUACUGGGCACUGCUGUUUAGCGAUCUUCUACUGUUUGCCACAGUGUCAAGAGACAGGGUCCUCUUUGUCACCGAAGAACCUGUCUCCUUGGCAUCAGUGUCAGAUGCUCAAUUUAAUAUUAGGAAAAAAGCAACGGAAUUUCGUCUCAUACUUGGUCGUGCUGGUGGAGAAAGUCCGUUGGUUUCCUGUUCACCGCGAACACCAGGGCGAGCCCGACCCAUUGUCCUUCGAGCACCUUCGAUAGAUUUAAAAGCCGUGUGGCAAAGUUUACUGCAAAGGCAAAUCUACCGAGCUCACACGAUGUCAGGCACACCUCUCGGCUCACCAUUAGACUCACCAGAUCCACAGCUGACCUUCUCUUUAGCGACUCUGGACUCACAACAACGCCAGACACGUCGUAGUUCUGCUGAAACUCAAACGGGUGCCGGCGGUAGUGCUGCAGAAGGAGCAAGAAGUAGUCGCAGUAGAGGAUCAACUCUGCAUUUACAAAGGUGGAUGACGCAAUUACCGGAAGCCGAAGAAAUGGAUCCACCCGAGCCUGAAAUGGAGAUGUGGAGUAUAGAAGAAUUAAGAAAGAGAUCUAGAGAGCUAAAUCUACUCGAAGUAGCAGAUCUUAUUACCAAGAACAGUGAAGCCAAAGAUUCACCGCCCGAAAAAAAAGAAAAUGAUCGAAGUCCUUCGAAGAGCAGUAACUCUGGUAGCCAAAUAACAGUACGAACCAGUCCUGUGGUUGUUGACACUAUACCAGUCUGCAGACAAUGUCACAAAAAGUGUCUCUCUAAGCCAAAUAGUCCUUUAGUAUCCCAAAAAGAACCACCUACUCCGCCAAAGGCCAAAAAUGAUGCUUCACCCCAGAUAUCCACAUCAAAUAAAAGUUCUAACAGCAAAUGUAGUGCUAAAUGUGAUAAUCGUAAGCAAAAGUUUAUUUGCCACUUAGAACGUAAAGGUGCUAUUAAGUUACGUCCUGAAGAUGCUGCCUUAAAAGUAAUAGACUCUAUAGAACAAAGUCAGAAAAUGUUGAAAUCUACAUCGUAUGAUCUUAAAACUGACUCGCCAAUACUAAACAAUAAGAUGACUAGAAGUCGCACGAAAAGUCGUCUGGAACUUAGAAAAGACAAUUCAAUUAUGUCUCCUAGCCCAACGUCUAGUAGCAGAAAUAGUCCGCUUUCAACUAGUCACACGACUUGUAGUUCAAUGGUAUUUAAUUCAAGUUCAAAUGAUCUUCGAACUUCUAAUUCUAACAUUGAUAAUCAAGUCCAAUGUGUAAUAGCACAAGAAAAGUAUAUUAAUGAAGUUAAAUGCGUGGAAAGCAUUACGUUAUGCAAACCAAAAUCAUCUUUGUCUAAUUGUUCAUCUCCGGCGUCAAUCAAGAAAGAGCAAGUAACAAGACAAAAAGCUGAAAAUGUUCUUAGUAAAGUAUUAGGAAUGAAUGUUAUUGCUAAACGAGAAAAUAUCGGGACGUGUCUAAAAUCUUCAUCGGUUUUCUUAGACGAUGACUCAAUACAUGAAGAUGACAACGAUUUUAAAAUAGAAAGAGGUCUCAAAAGAUCACCUAGGAUGGGUAUAGCUGCUGUAGGCAAAAUGAACGGGGAUAUAAAUAAAAAUACUGAUAGAAGUGAACACUUUAACGCACACGUAAAUGCGAAUGAUGCGCUAUCUGACGAAGACUUAGAAUUGGGUCCAUUAAUGUUAAUGGGUCUUUCUGCAAUAAACCCCGCUGCCCAUCUUAUGCGAGUAGAACCAUUUAAAAGAAAUUCAGAUAUAGGUAUGAAUAAUGUUCAUUCGAGACCAGCAAGCCUAUGUUCAGUGAAGUCAGAAUCCCCCGUGCCUAAUAUUGCAAUAGUUCCACCAACACCUGAAUAUAUCACAACUAAUAAGACUGAUGGUUUUAUGGAUGAUUCUCCUGAUUCUCCAGAUGCACCCGAAGACCUCCCGUACGUUACUUUGAAAAGAUACGGCACUAUGUCAAGCCUAGAGAGGCUUCCAUCCGAUGAGACUGAUGAUGGUAAUGUAAGACUGACUACACAAGAACCCGAAUUACCGAAACAACACAAUUCAGAUGUGUCUGGUGGGACUGGUGGUAUAAUGGGAUGGACAGCAAGGGCUGGAUCGUUCGUUGUGGAAAAAAUGAACAUUUUUAGUUACACGGAGAGUGUUCCUAAUACAUCGAUUGCACAUAAGCAACCUUCUUUCUUGGAAAGGUGUUUAGGAGUGAGUGAUUGGAAGUCUACGUUAGGGACAGAAGACGGCACUGGAGAAACUGGAGAAGGGAGUGGAGCAAGUGGGGAGGAAGCUUGGGGCACGCCGUCUUCAGGAGACCUAUCAGAUAAUCUGCCUGAUUCCGAUCAUGGAACCUUAUCGUCGCCAACAAAGUCGUCAUCAUCGUACGCUGGUGACGACGAUACGGAGCUGAUGAUGGAUGAGCUUCUGAUGGCGCCAACUAUAACGGGGCCCACAACGUUACGGCCACUAUUGCCCAGGGAUGUUUUUAGGCGAAGACUGGAGCCGUUGCUUGAAGAAGAAUGCUCGGAAAGUGACAGCGAAGAUAACAAGGCUACUCCUACCAAUUCUGAUGACCAGGGCAGCGGGCGUGGCCUGGGUGCUGACGACUGUUGCGACGCGCCGCGCCUGCCGUCCUCUGCUUCAGGGCCAGUAGCAGAGGACGGGGGUGCGGGCGACGCACCGAAUGCUGGAGGGGAGGAAAAUUGUGUCGCCGAGUCAGAACUGAGCCCAGAUCGGACACCAACCAACGAAGUGCCCUCGACGCCCUUACAAUCUGUUUCAAAAGAAUGUGCGGAACGAGCCGGUGCGUUUGUUGGCGGUCGUCGGGGCUCAGCCAGCUCGGCCAGCACGCCCUCCACACUCGAACGUACCACCAUCCACAAUCCCACGCCCCAUUAUCAGCUGUCACCAGCUUCGGAGCCCCCAUCAGUCCCGGAGCCUACCCAACCGGAGGAAACCAAACUUCCAUCGCCGGAGGAACGGCUCAGUCCUCGGGCGGAGAUGAGAUUGGCAUUGGACCAGGGGAAGGACAUGCUAGCAGAACAGGAGUGUUGUCAGGGUGGCGGGUCCGACCCCUGGUCGUUUCGCGUGGCGUGUCAGCGGUCACUGCUGCGCCGCGUAGCGAGCGCCGACGCGGUGACCCUAUGCCGCGCGCACCCGCGCCGCACCGCCCCUCAUACUACUUCGCGCAGUUCUGUAUAUGCAUGGAAACUUCCAGAAAGCGAGAAACUUAUGGAGAUGGAGCAACUGGCACGAGUGGAAGCUCAGACGAUGCGUUCGCGGACGCGCUCUCAAUGCCAGAACGGGACGAUAUUGGGUUUCCUUCGCCGCCGAGCAUCUUCCGAUAGCCCCCGCCGAGAGCCCUUUAUGACAGGCACUGAGCGACCGUUCUCGCCACGUCGCACGACCGAGAAACAUCUCGAGAAAAGAUUCUGGAAGCAAGUGAAUAGAAGACGUCAGUCUUGCGGCUCCAUCAGUCAAAUAUAA